AUGAGUGGAAAAGCAGGGAGUAGUAAACUUCCUCCCAAGCUUCCUAAUGUUCCAAAUAAAUACAAUAGCAAGUCAUCGGCAUUCAAUUUAAAGCCUAAUAUGCCCGAUGGAUUAUAUUACCAGCCAGCACCAUCACCAAUGAAUCCGGAAAUCACUCCAAAGGCAUUUCUGCCCCCAGAAGAUCCAAGAAAAAACUCAUCUUUGUACUAUCCCGAGGAACAGACUCUAAUAAAGGAUAAUAUUAAGUAUAUGCCACCGAUUUUUGAGAAGAAACAGGCCAAAAAAUAUGAACUUACAGAAGCAGAUGUACUUGAACUUCAGAAGAUGAGGGAUAAUGGGGCUACCCGGAAGCAGAUGAAGGAAAAGUUUCAUGUGUCUGAUUUCUUUAUUAAUAUUGCAACCGAGCGAAAUCCAAAGACCGCAAAGAAAGAAGCUAAAGCCUUGAAGAAGGUGGUCAAGAGAUGGUCAAAAGACACAAAGGAGGCCCGUAUAUUGAAGGAGAAGCAAAAGUUGAUGUGGCAGCGGGGUUUGUGA